CUGCAUGAUUUAUGUUGAAUAAACUUGAAUUUUUCGAGGUUAGGACCAAUCCAACAUUUUGGGUUUCUAUUGCAACCCUUAUAAUUGUUUGGCGUUAUCCUUACUGAAUUAGCCCCUACCUGAUUAUUAGAAAGAGAAGAAUAUGGUUUUUGGAAAUUAUUAAAAUGCCACUAAGAGUCACCUUCACCCCAAAGAGAGCGUUGGACAAACCCAAAAUUUUGACGUGAGUUUUAUACCCAAAAUGCCAACUUGGAUCCAACAGAAAGGGCAGACAUGCUUCUUCAGCAGGCAGAGAAAUUGGAUUGCUAAAGUACCCCUCACUGGCAGCGGCGGAACCUGGAUUUUAUUUUAGGGAGGGGUAACUAUAAUACUGCAAAAGAUAAAAAAAUCAUAAAAUCAAACUUUAUAUUUUACUUAUGAACGAUUGAAGAAGGUUGAUUUUGCUAGAGUUAUAACUUAUAAAUGAGAGACAUACUUGCAUAUGCAGAAACUAAAAUCAUCUGCCACAAAAAAUUACUAAAAUCUAUGUUGUAUCUAAAUUUUAGUUCAAAUAAAAUUAUUAGUACAAA